GCGGCUGCACAAGCUGUCGCCUGCCCGCAACCUGUUUUUUGUGGAGUCGGGUUUCCACGCUACCCGCGACCGGUCAGCGGGGGAGCCAACCGCUGGGCGCCUGCGCGGACGGCGGGCGUUCGUCGCCAUGACAGCACCCGCCGGGGACCUCGGAUAUUGGAGUGAAAAUAUACUGGAAUAUUUUCUGAGAAAUAACCAGAUAACAACAGAAGAUGGCGCUGAGAUCAUCUGGUAUCAUGCAGCUAACCACAAGGCACAAGUGAAUGAGGCUCUGAAAAGUACUGCUCACAUGUUAGAGGCUGAUGUCCUCCUUCCAAGUGAUGGUUCAGAAUACAGCCAGCCAAUCAUGGCCCAUCCUCCUGAAACAAACAGUGAUAACACUCUGCAGGAGUGGCUGGCUGAAGUUAUCAAAAGCAACAAAGGCAUCAAGCUGGAUUUCAAGAGUCUUGCAGCUGUAGAACCAUCCAUGAUGCUCUUGGAAAAUGUAAAGAGGCAUCUGAAUCGUCCUGUAUGGAUUAAUGCUGAUAUUCUUCCUGGUCCAAACGGAAAUAGCAAAGUAGUAGAUGCAAAACCAUUUAUAGACACCGUGACAUCCUUCUUUCCAGAUGUGACAUUUUCCCUGGGUUGGACAACAGAAUGGCAUCCUGAGAAAGUCAAUGAAGGGUACAGCUGGACAAUGGUGAAAGAGAUGGAAUAUAUAUGUAAUGAACUAAAUCAGCCUGUCACAUUCCCUGUCAGAGCAGCAUUAGUCAGGCAGUCUUGUCCUCAGCUACUGUGGCUGUUAGAGAAAUCAAACAGGUACAGCCUGACUAUUUGGACUGGAAAAGAUGACAACUAUUCUAUUGAAGAUUUACUUUAUAUUAGAAAUCAAUUUGACAAAAAACAAGUUUUCUAUGACAUCUCGAAACCACAAAACAAUGAAUUUAGACAAGCCAUUGGAAUCAAAGUUAAUCUCUAAGAAGAUUCUUCUAAAUUAUUUCCUGUUUUUGUUUCAUAGUUUUUCUCUGCAUUGAUCUGAAUUAAUUACCCUGUAAAUUAUGAUUGUUGGUUCAUUCUCAGGUCAUCCAAUCAAGAAACACUUAUUGUGUGCUUACUCUCUUAGGCAUAUGUCCUUAUAAAACUGCACUUACGAAAAAGAUUUGGGAAGAAAAGAGUUUAGUGGGCCUACUCUAAUAAUAAUGUAGGAAAAUGACACUCUGAACCUGUUUAUAAAAAGUAAUCUUGAUAUUCUGAAGGUAAUUGAAGGAAUCCACGUGUCAUAACAGCUAUAAAUCACAUUUUAUUGGCACUUGGAUUACGUAGAUUCCGAAAAAUAUGGUAUUAUCUUUCCUUUUUUUCCUGGAAAACAUAUUAUUUCAGAGAUCACAGAAAAGGAAGAUGGCUUAAAAGCAGUUUUUAACUUUCACAGGGGUGGGCAGCUUUCUCACACCAAGAUCUAAUCCAUUUCCUGAAGCUGUGGGUUAAGUUAGAUGGAUAUAGAAUUUCGAUAUUAUUGGGAAGCAUAGUAGUUGCUGAAUAUAAUUUUUGUAUUAUUUGUUUCUAUAGUGUCUUGUCUGUAGUGAGCAAGAUACUAUUGGAGAGCAGUUUUAAUUCUUAUAUCAUUUGUUUUCCAAGUUUCUUACUGCCACCACCUUCAUUUGAGUUCUACUCCUAGAAUUUCAUGAACUACUUCUCUAUGACUUCAUUUCUCACACUCUACUCAGAGAUACCCUGAGUUUUUCUGCUAAACAAAACUUUCUUAAAUACCUCUCUACGCCAAAUCAGAAACCUCUAAGGGUUUAAAUUCAAUUUUAGUAAAUUUUCUUCUUUAAAGACCUUCAUAGUGUGGACCCACCCUAAAAGUCAACUCAGUGUGCUCUAGCACAGUCCUUCAUUUCAAAAAUUCAUAUGUCAUCUGUUUCCAUAUCUCACUUUAACAGUUAAUUUUAACUAUUUAAUAUUGCUCUAAUUUGGGCAUGCAUGUUAGUUACGUCUCCUCAGCUAGAUUGUAAAUUUCUUCUUGGUAAGGGAUACUUAAAUAUCCUUUACAGUGUCUGGCAUAGUCCUGAGCAAGGCAUUCAGAAAAAUACAUUGCUUCUUUGAUUUAUUAAAAAGUAGUUUACCAGUGAAUGUCCUAAGGUAUAUAAUUUACCUUUUGUGAAUCAGUCUUUUUUCCCCCAGAGAAUAAAGUCCUAUACAGAGAGAAGAACUUGGGUUUUGAAUUCAGACAGACUUCCCUUAACAAUCCCAACUCUAUCCCUUACUAGCCACUUUCACAUAGACUUUGGGAAAUCUUUAACACCUUUGGCUCUUGGCUUACUCAUCUUUAAAAUGGGGGGGGGCAGUGUGUGAGAAUUCUCUUUUAGCGUUGUUGUAAGGUUUAAGAUUUACGUAAUAGAGACAUCUAGCUCAAUACCCAUCACAUAGUAAAUUCUCAACAGAUUGAGUUAGUUCCUUUUUUAGACUUAUCAUGUGAGUAUGUCCAUUACAGAUAGCACUAAGAAUAUAACAUGAAACAUUAUAUUUAAGUAUAAAUACUUAAAGACAACAAUUAUAGUAUUUCCACUUUAAAUUUCAAGUUCCAUUGAAUACAGUGCUAUUUGUCAAGUAAUAGCUAAAACUUUAUUUUCUGUGGUUGUUUGCCAAAGGCAAAGGGUACAAUUUUAUUAUAAAAUUUUAACA